UCUGGUGCGGACGCGCAGAGGCGUGACUGGGAAGCGCGAAGGAAGACCUCAGGGUCCGGGUCUUGCUUCCCCCGCCCGCGAGCCGAAGCGGUGCCAUGGGCCGGAUCACAGAAGAUCUUAUUAGACGGAAUGCUGAACACAAUGACUGUGUAAUUUUUUCCCUGGAGGAACUCUCCUUGCAUCAGCAAGAAAUAGAAAGGCUAGAACACAUUGACAAAUGGUGCCGGGAUUUAAAAAUCCUCUAUCUUCAAAAUAACCUCAUUGGAAAAAUUGAAAAUGUUAGCAAACUCAAGAGACUUGAAUAUUUGAAUUUAGCUUUAAACAACAUCGAAAAAAUUGAAAAUUUGGAAGCAAACUUGAAUGAAAUAGAAAAGGAAGCUUUAACCACCAGAUGUCUCUAUAUCUGCACCAAUGCUAAUUUUCUACUUGACUUCUCCUUGAAAGAUGAUGAAAAACGUAACCAGAUCAUCCUGGACCUUGCUGUCUAUAGGUAUAUGGACACCUCUUUAAUCAAUGUUGAUGUGCAGCCAACUUAUGUCCGAGUCAUGGUCAAAGGAAAGCCAUUCCAGCUUGUCCUUCCUGCAGAAGUCAAGCCUGACAGCAGCUCUGCCAAACGAUCUCAGACGACAGGGCAUUUGGUGAUCUGCAUGCCCAAGGUAGACGGAGUAAUCACAGGUUGGAGACAAACAUCAAAGGCUGGGGAAAGUACCUUGGACAGCAGCAGAGAGCACACAAACAAAAGAAGCAAGCAAAUUGAGAAACUAGAAGUAGAUCCUAGCAAGCAUUCCUUCCCUGAUGUGGCUAACAUAGUUCAAGAGAAAAAACACAGGCCCCGAAGAGUUCAAUCUGAACCCAAAAUUACAGCAAGUGAGGAAGAUCCCGACUUUGAAGAUAACCCUGAAGUGCCUCCAUUGAUUUGAAACAUCAGGCUGCAUCGAUGGACCCACCAGACCCAGUUCUGUUCAUUGCAGAGUGUGUGCAGACCAUUUAUGGUAAACACAGAGUUAUUUAUCAACGUUACUACUCCAGUGUUUUAGCUUCUACUUUAUACAGUAAUAUUCUUAAACUAGUUUAAAAUUCAAAUGUACACCUUAAAAUGCU